AUGCUCCAAACCUGCACUCGAUGUCGCAGCCGAAGAAUCAAGUGCGACACCCGGCUGCCAGCUUGCCAGAAUUGCGCAAAGAACGAUUCGCAGUGCGUGUUCCUCGAUGAGGCCCUGCAGGAACAGAUUCCUAGGAGCUAUGUUCGAGCACUCAAUGACAAGAUCUCCGAGUUGACUUCUCAGCUAGACUUGCAGAAAGGUUACGCAGCAAGAUAUUCGAUUCAAGAUGCUACCGUUAUGACCGCUGCUGCGGCCUCGAAUGAAGACAGCUAUGUCCUCAUGCCUCGCACUCAGCGAUACCUGCAUCUUGAGCGUUCGUUGCCGACAAUUGUCACUAGACUCACGGUGGAGGCACUGUCGGGCUCAAGUACGCAAUCAGACAUGAAGAUGUCCCACGAUGCCCAACCCUUCUCGACGGAUAUCUUCAAAACUGACCGAUCAGCUCUUACACCAAAAGUCGUUCGCCACCUCCUGAGUCGCUAUGAUAGGUGCGUUCGUCCAGAAUUCGAUAUUGUUGACCCGGAGCUCCUUUCUCAGGAUGGCCAAGGGUUGAAGAAACUUUCAAAACGCCAGAAGUUUGAAACACUCAUGAUAUGUGCCGUCGCCGCCGGUCACGAAAGCUAUCGCAACCCUUCAUGGAAAGCUUUGGCCCAGACGUUGCGCGACUGGGCGGCCGAAGACACAGCCUCGGUAAUUUCUGCAGCCGAUCCUGCCUCGUUGACGGCGAUCCUCCUGCUGAUUGUCUAUGAGUUGCUUGAGCCAUCCAGGGGCAGCGUCUGGGAGCUGAUGGAUAUGGCAAUACGUACAACCAUCCAGCUAGGCUGGCAUCGUCGGGAUCGUUCUGAAGUGCAGAUAGACCUCCCCGAAGCUGGAAGCCACAGUAAUAAGGACGGCUAUGCUACUCAGCAACGCCUCCUGCAUGCUUUGAAAACAGCUGAUCGAGCAUUGAGUCUUGUCUUCAACCAAUCAAGCACACCGAAUGAUUGGCUGUGGACUCCCAAUACUGAGGAAGAUUUCCUCCUUCGGCUCUAUCGAGACGUACAAGGGAGUAUCUACGGCUAUGGGCAACUGUACGACACACACAGCUGCCCCUUCGUCGGGCACGUUGAAGAACUGAUCAUGUCGAUGGAGACCUUUUCUCUUGAGCAAUCGCCCACUGUGUGCGAAAUGUGGCUUCAACUUCUUCCGGUUUCUGUACGACAUCGGCAGUGCGUUUCUUGCUUCCAGGAAGAGGGCGAUGUUGCAGCAAGAGGCAUGAGAUCUCUUCGACGGCGGCUUGUUGCAGCGGCCCUGGCUCUCGUUGAACACACUCACUGCAUGACGAUUUCGCCAGAUGGCUUCAUCCCUCCCUUGACUGCAAGUGCGAGAGCGUUAGUGGCGGGCUGCACAGUUCUGCUUGCCAGAGCGAAAAACUGGUCACCAGAAAGCCCGUUUCUCAAGGCGAUUCUACAAUGCACUGAAGUUUUGACGCAUUUCACUUCUCAUUGGAAGGGAGGGUCGGGCUACCUGCGGGUAUGGACUAUCAUUACGGAGAUCUUCGAUAAGAAUCAACCCAAGUCUCAAUAA